GGAAGUGCGGCUGAGCUGGUUUCCGGGGCCGUUGGUGUGACGUGUCCCGUGCUUGGCGCAGCAGGAAGAGGCGGCGAUCGCGGCCUGAGUUACCGGCGCCGGUCCCGGCUCUUUUCCCGCUGCCGCCAUGCUCGACUUCUUCACCAUUUUCUCCAAGGGCGGGCUUGUGCUCUGGUGCUUCCAGGGCGUGAGCGACUCCUGCACCGGGCCCGUUAACGCGUUGAUUCGUUCCGUGCUUCUGCAGGAAAGAGGAGGUAACAACUCCUUCACCCAUGAGGCACUCACACUCAAGUAUAAACUGGACAACCAGUUUGAGCUGGUGUUUGUGGUUGGUUUUCAGAAGAUCCUAACACUGACGUAUGUAGACAAGUUGAUAGACGAUGUGCACCGGCUGUUUCGAGACAAGUACCGCACGGAGAUUCAACAGCAAAGUGCAUUAAGUCUAUUGAAUGGCACUUUUGAUUUCCAGAAUGACUUCCUGCGGCUCCUUCGUGAAGCAGAGGAGAGCAGUAAGAUCCGUGCUCCCACUACAAUGAAGAAAUUUGAAGAUUCUGAAAAGGCCAAGAAACCUGUGAGAUCCAUGAUUGAGACACGGGGUGAAAAGACCAAGGAAAAAGCAAAGAACAGCAAAAAAAGCAAGGGAGCCAAGAAAGAGGGUUCUGAUGGCUCUUCAGCUCCCAGCAAAGCAGCCUCUACAGAAAAGUCAGGUGUCCCAGCGGGGCCUGAGAAUGGGGUCGAACUUUCCAAAGAGGAGCUGAUACGCAGGAAGCGAGAGGAGUUCAUUCAGAAGCAUGGGAGAGGUAUGGAGAGGUCCAGCAAGUCCUCGAAGUCUGAUGCUCCAAAGGAGAAGGGCAAGAAAGCGCCCCGGGUGUGGGCACUGGGUGGCUCUGCUAACAAGGAAGUCUUGGAUUAUAGCACACCCACCACCAACGGAGCUCCGGAGGUUGCCCCACCUGAGGACAUCAACUUGAUUCGAGGGACUGGCCCUGGGGGGCAGCUUCAGGACCUGGACUGCAGCAGCUCUGACGAGGAGGAGGCCACUCAAAACUCCACCAAACCUAGUGCUACCAAGGGGACUCUGGGUGGCAUGUUUGGGAUGCUGAAGGGCCUUGUGGGUUCCAAGAGCUUGAGUCGUGAGGACAUGGAAUCUGUGCUGGACAAGAUGCGUGAUCAUCUCAUUGCUAAGAACGUGGCAGCAGACAUUGCAGUUCAGCUCUGUGAAUCUGUGGCCAACAAGCUGGAAGGGAAGGUGAUGGGAACAUUCAGCACGGUGACUUCCACAGUAAAGCAAGCUCUUCAGGAGUCCCUGGUGCAGAUUCUGCAGCCCCAGCGUCGUGUAGACAUGCUGCGGGAUAUCAUGGAUGCCCAGCGUCAUCAGCGCCCUUACGUUGUCACCUUCUGUGGUGUGAAUGGAGUGGGGAAGUCUACUAAUCUUGCUAAGAUUUCCUUCUGGCUGUUAGAGAAUGGCUUCAGUGUCCUCAUUGCUGCCUGUGACACGUUUCGGGCAGGGGCCGUCGAGCAGCUCCGUACACACACCCGGCGUCUGAGUGCCCUACACCCACCUGAGAACCACGGUGGCCGCACCAUGGUGCAGUUGUUUGAAAAGGGCUACGGCAAGGAUGCUGCAGGCAUUGCCAUGGAAGCGAUUGCCUUUGCCCGUAACCAAGGCUUUGAUGUGGUGCUGGUGGACACAGCUGGCCGCAUGCAAGACAAUGCCCCUCUGAUGACUGCCCUGGCCAAGCUCAUUACUGUCAACAUGCCUGACUUGGUGCUGUUUGUGGGGGAGGCCUUAGUAGGCAAUGAGGCCGUGGACCAGCUGGUCAAAUUCAAUAGAGCCUUGGCUGACCAUUCUAUGGCUCAGACACCUCGGCUCAUCGAUGGCAUUGUCCUUACCAAAUUUGAUACCAUUGAUGACAAGGUGGGAGCUGCUAUUUCUAUGACCUACAUCACAAGCAAACCCAUCGUCUUUGUGGGCACUGGCCAGACCUACUGUGACCUACGUAGUCUCAACGCCAAGGCUGUGGUGGCUGCCCUCAUGAAGGCUUAACAUGGCUCUUGCCUGAUACCAAAUCACCGCUUCCCCCAAAGCCCCUAUUCCUGUAUCAAGAAUGUGCUUUAGAGUAUGUGAGCAACUUGUCUUCAAUGUAGUACAAAGGCAGAGGGAGGGGCGCCCCAGGGUCUUGAGGCUCCUAACCCCACUCCCUGCCCAGCCCCACUGCCGUCUGCGGGGAAGGCCUAAUCGUGUGAGGGUCACUGCCCUCCGCCCCCUCCCCAUGGUCCUCCCCCCUCCUACUCAGGCACCCCCUUCAGUCUGCCCACAGACUUGGUCUCAUUACAGUUCUGACCCAUAGCCGGAAGAGCCAGCACCUGAGCUCUGCAGACUGGUGUGCUCACAGGAUGUCUGAGCAUAACCAGCAGUUUGGAGUCCCGGCUGCAUUAGGUUAAGAGACUUCCAGAGCCAGCUCUGAGUCUUGAGUGGCACCUCUCCCUAGGCUAGGGCUUCUAGGAGCCAGGAUGAUGCCCACCACGCUGUGGCAGUGUAUGGCCUGCUCUCAAUUGCUGCUAGUUCUGAUGAUGACCCCAUCCUUGGCAUUUUCCUAAAGCAUCGACUAGGCCAGAGUGGUUUGUUACAAGUGAGUGAAAGGUGAGUCCCCGCUUCCCUCAGAAACGAAGCCAAGCUGCAGUGUCACAUUGGGCUUCUCAGCUCCCAACUCUUCCGCUACCCAGAAUCCAGAUGUAAGCUUUGCAUGUUCCCCUUCCUGGGAGAAAACCAAUUUCAGAAGGGUACAGACUUUUGCACCCCCCACCUCCUGAGCGGAUCCUGGCUUCUCAUCCUCUCCACAGUGCCUGGUAGACAAGUGCUACAUUGAAGAACACAAACCUCUUGUUAAGACUCGUCCUGUAGCUUGUAUUACAGAUGUGCUAUUAGUGCAAUAAGGUGAAGGCUGUCUGCCCAGAGAAAUACAUAAUUUAUAUAAGAAAAUAAAUUUCAUAAAUAAACUGCC